AAGAUAAAAAAAAAAAAAAGGAAUUAUUAGCGUAAGGACCGGUUAAUAAAAGUUAGGUAGGUUCCCGCACUUGAAAUUCCGGUAGUCGGUCUUCGUUUUUUAAGCAGAUGCCUUGCAAGCCCCCUACCCAGUAGAAAAUGUUUUAAACAAUUCUUACAUCUUCAUUAUCGUCGCUUCAUAGAUAGAUAGAUAGAUAGAUAAAAGGAAGAUAAUUAAAAAAAAAAAAUCCUCACAUCUCCGUUUGUCGCUUGUCUCUUCUUUUAUACCAAAAACAGACAAAUAAAACUUACAAAAACCCUAGAAGAAAUCACCCUUCACCUUCAAUCUUCUUCUCCCUCCUCUCCCGCUUCCAUUUCAAUUCAGUUCAGCAUUUUCAGUUAGGCCGGAGUUUUUAUUUUUUCGUGAUGGCUUCUACGGCCGCCACGUUGUCGCCGAGCUCUCCCCAGCUACGCUUGGCUUUGCGUUGCGGGAAUCGCGUGGAAUCGCGUGCGGUUCUUGUUGGGGCGCGGACGAGGAAGCUCGAUUGUUGUCGUCUUCGCCUGCUCUCUGUUUCACGAAGCAGGAGUAAGGGAGUGGAACGGCGUCGUAAUGGUGCUUCGCGGAUUGUGGCGGACUCCACAGCUGGAGCAGGGGCGGAUACUUUUUCCGGAUGGUCUGAUUCGGAUCAUGUUGAAGAUUCCGUUGACUCGAAAAGGAACGGAUUGUUUGGAGGAAUUAUGGGAGCUGGAUCAGCUGGACUUGUUCUGGUAGCAGGGCUUUCCUUUGCAACAAUGUCACUAAGUAAUCGAAGCACUUCCAGGCCCAAACAGCAGAUGGAACCAUUAACAGCUCAAGAGGAAGUUUCAAUUUCAUUGGCCUCUGAUAAUGAGAGUGAUAAAGUAGAGGAGAAUGAAAGCGAGAAAGGUAUAACUAAGGAUCUUUCAUCACCUUCAGAAUUUGAUGUCACUUCUACUGAUAAUAAACUUGAUAAUGAUAAUGGGACCUGCUUAGUAGAAAGUUACACAUCCAACGGCAAUAGUGCCACUAACACUGCUCCAAUUCAAGAAGACUUGCAAAAUGUUUCAGUUUUGGAUGGAAUUUCAGUUGGCACGGACAUAACUCCAAUAUCACCUAAAUUGCCUGAAUCUGAAGUUGUUGAUGGCUCUUCUGUUGCACCAAGCCUUAGAGAAUCAGACUGCAACCUUGAUAUUGGUUCACCUGAAGCAACUUUAGAAAUUGAAGACAAAUUGAUUAAUGUCAGAGAAACCAUUGAUACUAACUUGUCUGACCCAAUAAACCUAGACAAUGAUAUCAACGAGGGAAAGCUUCGGUCAGAAGGAGGAAAGAAUUGCAAUAUCUCAGUGGAUUCCUCUUAUAGUUCCAGUUCAACCAAUGAGCCAGUGAUUGUGAGCUUCUCAGUUAGUUCAGAGUUAGAACCAAUUUUAGAACCUCAGUCUGUACCCAAAGACAAUCUGGAAACCAUAGAAUCAUCUCCAACUGAGGAAAACCUUGAGAGUAGCAAAAGUUUGCGGUUCUCUGUUGAAAUAAAGAAUUCAUCUCUGGAAGUGAACAACUUAAAUGAAAGUGAGUCUUCUGAAAAAACCUUUGUGUCAGCACCAGUGCAUCCAUUAACAAAUAAGCAAAGCAAAAUUGAUUAUAAAGAGAUAAAUGAUAGCAAACCAGUUUUUGAACCUCCAAUUCCUAGGAGUUCCUCCUACCCUGCUGGUAUACCUGCUCCAUCUGUAGUUUCUGCAGCUCUACAGGUGCGUCCAGGGAAGGUUCUGGUUCCUGCAGUUGUUGAUCAGGUUCAGGGGCAGGCACUUGCAGCCCUUCAAGUUUUGAAGGUUAUUGAGGCUGAUGCUCAACCUAGCGAUCUAUGUACACGUCGUGAGUAUGCUCGGUGGUUAUUGUCUGCAAGCAGUGUUCUUUCGAGGAAUACAGUGUCAAAAGUUUAUCCUGCAAUGUAUAUUGAGAAUGUUACUGAACUUGCAUUUGAUGACAUCACACCUGAAGACCCUGAUUUUUCAUCCAUUCAAGGCUUAGCAGAGGCUGGACUUAUCUCAAGCAAGCUUUCAAAUCAAGAUCUGCUUAAUGAUGAUCUUGGCCCAUUUUACUUUUCUCCUGAAAGUCCUCUAUCACGCCAGGAUCUUGUAAGUUGGAAAAUGGCCCUAGAGAAAAGACAACUCCCAGAAGCUGACAGAAAGAUACUCUACCAAAUUUCUGGUUUUAUAGACAUUGAUAAGAUAAAUCCAGACGCAUGGCCUGCACUUGUGGCUGAUUUGUCUGCUGGAGAACAAGGAAUAAUAGCACUUGCUUUUGGUUGUACGAGACUGUUCCAGCCAAAUAAGCCUGUGACAAAAGCCCAAGCUGCUGUUGCUCUUGCAACUGGUGAAGCUUCUGACCUAGUAAGUGAGGAGCUUGCACGAAUCGAAGCAGAAUCUAUGGCAGAAAAUGCAGUAUCUGCUCAUAAUGCUUUAGUUGCUCAAGUUGAGAAAGAUGUUAAUGCUAGUUUUGAGAAAGAGCUGUCAAUGAAAAGGGAAAAGAUCGAUGCAGUGGAAAAAAUGGCCCAAGAGGCAAAGCAGGAACUGGAAAGGUUAAGAGCUGAGAGAGAGGAAGAGAAUAUUGCCUUAAUGAAGGACCGUGCUGCUAUUGAUUCAGAAAUGGAAGUCCUUUCAAGGUUAAGGCGUGAAGUGGAGGAGCAGUUGGAAAGCCUGAUGAGUAACAAGGUCGAGAUAUCAUAUGAGAAGGAAAGGAUUUGCAAACUACGCAAAGAAACAGAGGAUGAAAGCCAGGAGAUUGUCAGGCUACAACAUGAGCUGGAGGUGGAGAGAAAAGCCUUAUCUAUGGCCAGGGCUUGGGCUGAGGAUGAGGCAAAAAGAGCAAGAGCAGAGGCAAAAGCCCUGGAGGAGGCUAGAGAUCGCUGGGAGAAGCAUGGCAUCAAGGUGGUUGUUGACAAUGACCUCCGUGAAGAGAGUGUUGCAGGAGUUACGUGGGUAAACGUAGAGAAGCAAGUUGAAGUUGAAGAAACUAUAAGCAGGAGUGAAACUUUGGUGCGCAAGCUCAAGGCAUUAGCGAGUGAAGUAAAAGGGAGAUCCGGAGAGUUCAUCAAUGAGAUUGUCCAGAGGAUCCUGUAUUUGAUUUUGGUGUUGAAGGAGUGGGCCUCCAAGGCAGGUGCAAAGGCGGAAGAAUUGAAAGACAGGGCUGUGUCGAAGGCAAGGGGAUCAGUACAAGAGUUGCAGCAAAGCACGACAGGAUUUAGUUCAUCCCUUAAAGAAGGUGCAAAACGGGUGGCAGGAGACUGUCGAGAAGGAGUAGAGAAACUCACUCAGAGGUUCAGAACAUAACCCUCCCCCGUGAUUUACGUUUUUCCCUUUCUUGGGCACGGAAUAAACAAAUUUUGCAGUUGAAAAGUAUUUAAAAUUCACCUGAUCUGUGGUCAUUUUACAUUAGAAAGUACCAUGUUAUCCAUUCAAUGAUGGGUGUAAAAGAAAGUUGCACUAAUAUAUAAUGAAGUUGCUACUGCUCUCUGUCCUUAACCGCCCAAGGUUCCAGUUUCAUUGAAUGUUAUCAAAAUUUAACUUGCAAAUGUGUUAAUGAAGAACAUUAAUUGAGUUGUUGACGGAAGAAUAAAUUCUUUCCUCUUUUAAGUUUUAACUGCACGCCUAUUGCCAACGACUCAAUGAUAAACU